AUGUAAAAAAUAUUAAGAACCUUAAAUCCUUUAUAUAGAUUCUCAACAAAAAAAGCUCAAAGAAUUUAAAAUAAAAUUCAAGAUAUCAAAGAUCAAGAAUCCACUUCAACCUUAGAAAGUGUAGCAGAAUAGAACACAUUUACUGAUGAAUAAUUGGUUAAGAUUAUUGAAGAUAGAAGAUAAUUUAUUAGAGAAUUAACCUAAGAGACUAAAGCUCCUAAAGAGGUCAAAUAUAUAACAAUUGCUACUUUGAGUCCUUUAAUUUUAUUAUCAUCAGCUACAUUAUAUUGUUGUGUUAAUCCAGCAUAUGCAAUCUAUACAGGAUAAUUAAUGCAUGCAUCAAUAAAAUAUGCAUCCAUCAAUUUGGCAUUUUAAGUAUAAAUCAAUUCAUAUUUAUUAAUAGUCUGGGAUUCAUUGGGGAUUUGCAAUGUCUUAACAUGAAACUUAAUUAGAUUGGCUUAAUAGUUCAUCUGAAGCUCGAACUACCUUUUUUUUAGCUUCUAUACCUAUUAUAGGUGCCAUCUUAAUUUCAUAAUAUUUUUUAUAUGGAAAUGAUGAUAAUAUUUAAUCCAUUUCAGCUAUUAUUGGAAUAGUUGUCAUGAAUUUAAGUAUAUAAAAUUAAUAAAUUAUUAGUGGUUUCUGGUUUAGAUAUUAGAGCAAGAAGUUAUGCACCUGGAUGGUUUUUGAAAAAUAAAAUGUUUUAUUCUUUUGGUUUUCAUGCAGCAUUAAUACCAUUAGUAUACUGUCUAUUUCUUUAUGGAGACAAUUUCAAAAAUAAGGUAAGUAUUUAUAGAGUAUAAUGAU